ACGACUGACAACGCGAUGCCGCAAACUAUAGCAAUCAAGGAGAGAAUAAGGCAUCCUGACUACAAACGCCCGUCGGAAUAUCAUGACAUAGCUAUACUCCGCCUGGAGAAGAAAGUUACCUACGACGCGUUUGUCAGGCCAGCGUGUCUCCCGGUUGAUUGGCCAGACGUGGGUCAGGAUAAUAAGGCAGUGGCUACCGGAUGGGGUCUAGUAGACUGGUCUGAUGACAAGGGCUCGGAUAAUCUACUAAAGGUGACACUCAAUUUGGUCUCGCACGAAGCUUGCAACGAGAGUUUCUACGACGGCGGCAGUUCCACGGAGCUCGCAUUAGGAAUCGUCAAUGAAUGGCAAAUAUGCGCGGGAGAAGUCGGGAAAGAUACCUGCCAGGGUGACAGUGGAGGACCACUCGCCGUCUUCAACACAGACCACGACUGCAUGUACACCAUAAUAGGAGUCACUAGUCUGGGACGAUUCUGUGGCAGCAUCAUACCUGGCGUGUACACCCGUGUCUACCAUUACAUCCCCUGGAUAGAGAGAACUGCGUGGCUUGAAUACUUUGAAACACCUUCCUAACCCACUUUAAAUGUAUCCAUUUUCUUAAGUAUCAAAUACACUCCGUUUUUAUACACAA